UUUCGUUUUCGUGCAAGGUCCAGACAUUUCGAUUUCUUCCUAUAAAUAUAUUCUUCUCUCACAAGUCGAGAAAGACAACAAUACAGAAAGACAACGAUUACUUUUCUUGUAAUAACUAACGAUCGAAAAUGUCGAUGAUUCCGAGCUUCUUCGGGAACAACAGGCGUGGAGGCAACAGCUUCUUCGACCCCUUCUCUCUCGACGUUUGGGAUCCGCUCAAGGACUUUCCAUCUUCUUCCUUCUCUCGGGAGAGCUCUGCGAUCGCGAACGCGCGCGUGGACUGGAGGGAGACUCCCGAGGCGCACGUGUUCAAGGCGGAUUUGCCUGGGCUGAAGAAAGAGGAAGUGAAGGUGGAGAUCGAGGAUGACAGCGUGCUGAAGAUCAGCGGGGAGAGACACGUGGAGAAGGAGGAUAAGAACGACACGUGGCACCGUGUCGAGAGGUCGAGCGGACAGUUCACGAGGAAGUUUAGGCUGCCCGAGAAUGUGAAGAUGGAUCAGGUGAAGGCGGCGAUUGAGAACGGAGUUUUGACUGUGACUGUGCCGAAGGCUGAGGUGAAGAAACCUGAUGUCAAAUCUAUCCAGAUCUCUGGCUGAGCAUCCGACUCGGCGAACUUCGUACAUCAAUGUGUUCAUCUUUGUGCGUUUUGGGGUCUUGUCACAGUUGUGGUCUUAGUGAGUGUCUGUUUGUGUCUUUAUGUAACGGUUGUGAAAUGGCUAUGAUGUGUAAUAAACUAUAUUAGUACAAAGUUUCUCUUUGUUUUGUUUUGAAAUGCUAUUAGUACAAAGUUAAGUUGCCUAAACUCAACAUCUUGAGGGUUACUGCUCAAUCUUCUUGUCAGGUGUUUUUACCAAUUGUUUGGUUUUGAAGUAUUUUGCUACUUUAUUUAUAUUGUAACUUAAUAAAUAUUGAAGGCUUUACGAUC